AUGACACAUACACUAAGUGCAUUUGCUUCCUCUCUCUUCUGCUUUCAUCAUCUCAAAAUUGACGGUAUUCUCGGUCUUAUCACAAUCCGGUUGAAAGAUGAUAACUUCUUGAAGUGGCGAUAUCAACUUGAGUCUGUUCUGGACGGCUACGAUCUCUUUGGCCAUUUUGAUGGCUCAAACAUUGCACCUCCAAAAUUCGCAAUUUUGGAUGAGGAAGGUGUCACCUCUGAACUCACUGCAGCCUACAAGGACUGGAUGCAGGUCGACAAAGCACUUCUUAGCGUGUUGAUCGCCACGCUUUCUGAUGAUGCGCUCGAAUAUGUCAUCGGUUGCAAGACGGUGCAUGAUGCGUGGAUGAAUUUGACGGAUCAUUAUGCCACCGUCUCUCGUGCUCGUAUCAAUCAUCUCAAAACCGAGCUUCAGACUGCGUAG